AUGUCGCCAACGUGGCGUUUCCUCUACGUCACCAUCAUCAUAUAUACAACGUCCGCACUCGCUCGCUUCAUCGACUAUCCUCUUCCAACCAAUAUCCAGGGCGUUCACGAGUCGAUACCCGCCCCAACCACACGAGGUUUCCAUCUCGAAGCACGAUCGGACGAUGGCGCACCGGAAUACACGAUAACAUACGCAUCUGAUUCAGUCUGUGGCUAUCUCUCUGGUUCAGUACAGAUACCCAUCACUUGCGAGAAUAAGAACAGAUGUCUGUGGGAACUUGAAUCGUUCAAGUUUAUCGCCUGUGAGCUGGAUGGGGAGACAACCGGUAUUGCUCGGACUAAAUGUCUGGCAAGAGAUGAAGCUCUUGACCCAAAUUUAUGCGAUGAUGUAUGCGUGAGUAACACGUAUAAUCUACAAUGUACUAACGAUACAGCACCCUACUGUCGUACUUAUGCCUACCCCCGGGGAGUUCACGAUUAUCGUUGCGCGUCCACGCCUGCUACGAGAGUUUCUAGUGUGGAUUUUACCUACGAUGGACAGAAGUUCCCAGAUCUGGAUGUAUCCACAGUCACGGGUUCAGCAUCGACGACCACUACAAAGGCAGAGCCGGAUGCAAAUGAGAAGGGCCUGUCGGCCGGUGCCAUAGGUGGUAUCGUAGUUGGUGCAAUAUUUGGCAUCAUUUUUGCGGGCGCUGGUAUCUGGUACUAUCGGACACACCCCAGAAGGACCCAGGCUAAUACCGGUCUUUCUGAAUCGCAUCCUCCGGGAGGCAAGACGGGUCAAACUGUUGUGAAUCAGCGACCAGUUCCGGCAGAAGAUGGGAUAGAGGUUGUCGAAGAGAUAUCCACAAGUACAUAA